GUACGGGGUCAGUGGACGGUUCGGCCAUUUAAUUUUCUACAUUUCAAUUUUCAUGUUUUCAUUUUUCAAUUUUCAAUUUUUAGUAAUUUUUUUAAUUUUUAAUUUUUAAUUUUUAAUUUUUUACUUGCAUUCUUAUUUAAAAUUGUUGUGUUUAUUAAAUUUUGAUUUUUAAUUUUUAAAUUUUUAAUUUUUAAUUUUUAAGUUUCCAUAUUUUUGUAAAAUGGUUUUCAUCUUUUGAUGUGUUGAUGGGUCAGUGGACGGUUCGGCCAUUUAAUUUUCUACAUUUCAAUUUUCAUGUUUUAAUUUUUCAAUUUUCAAUUUUUAGUAAUUUUUUAAUUUUUAAUUUUUAAUUUUUAAUUUUUUACUUGCAUUCUUAUUUAAAAUUGUUGUGUUUAUUAAAUUUUAAUUUUUAAUUUUUAAGUUUCCAUAUUUUUGUAAAAUGGUUUUCAUCUUUUGAUGUGUUGAUGCUUGUGAUCUUUAGAUUUAUCUUUUAAAAUUUGAUUUUUAGGCACCUAUGUGCUCAAAACUAGAAACUUGAACGCGCUGUUCGCUUUUCUAUUUCUAACAUGAAUAGAAAAUAGAAAAUAGAAAAUUGAAAUGACCGAAGACGCUAGACACAGCAGGGGUCUCAGCGGGGGUCCCAGCAGGGCUUCCAUUCGCACGCGUGUCUCAGGAGAUCACGUUUACAACACGCUAGCAGGUGUUUGUUUUUACUUUGCUUUCCGUCACGUGCCAAAACCACGUUGGCAACUCUUGACAACUCUUAUUAUUAUUAGUCAAAAACAAUAUGGGGAGAUGCAAGUUGUGGUGACCUAACGUAGACGACGCUUACAAAACAACUGUAGUCGAGGCUGCGAAAGUCUACCCAAGAAUGUCUUGCGGUGUGAGAAAGCAGUCGACCCGUCCAAUUACUACCGAGCGGUGGUUCGGACUCUUCUAGAGCUGCAAUGCGAUUUGUUUUGACGUUUAUUGUUAGCCACUCAUGGGGUUAGCUAACUCUUCUCACAAACAACCAGACUAGAGGCUUCGAAGCAAAUCGUUUAGCACUAGGUGGGGUGUGAGAACAUACGGCCACGCCUUUCCCUCUUCUCGCAAACAGCUACCUCCGCACACUAGCUACUAUAGUGUAUCGAUAAAGAAACUCUCUGAACAUCAAAAGCUAUAGGCUUUCCAAAUGUACAAAAGCAAUUUGCUAAACGUAGACAUCACCACCCUUGCUAGAUCUCACUCAUGAUCAUUGAGGGAAUUCCCCGGAAGGCACGCCCUCAACUUGCACAACCAGUUAGUAUUGCAGUCGCUGUAAUGGACGAGGCAGACAUCAGACGAAUGGUAGAAGAAGGCAUUUCGCAUUCAGAAAUAAGCUAUAGAUUGAGGCGAAGACAUCCUGGAGUUAGAGGACUUUCUGAGAGAUCGGUGAGAAGAUUUUGCUUUGAACACGACAUCCACUCUAACUCGGGUGUGUCGAAUCGUGAGUUGAGACAAAUCGUUGAAGCCGGUGUUAGAGAGGUUGGGCCAGCAUACGGGAGGAAGAUGAUGAAGGGCUACUUGCAAACUAGAGGCUUUUGUGUAUGGGAAAAGAGAGUUGGAUGGGCUCUUGGACAAGUUGCUCCUGGAUAUCACAGAAGGAGGCAAGCUCUUACGCAUGGACGAGUAAAUCCCAUACCCUAUUACGCUCAAUACUGUGGUCACAAAAUGCACAUAGACCAGAAUGAAAAGCUUGUGAUGUAUGGAGUUACACAUGUCCUCGCCAUUGACGGCUAUAGUGGAUUCAUUCUUGGCAUCAUCACAAUGCCUAUCAAAAACAACAUUUUGAUUUACAGCCACUUAUUCCGACCUAUCUUGAUACAAUUUGGUCUGUGGGAUCAAAUACGAGUUGACCAUGGGAAAGAGUUCAUUUUGUCUCUAUACGUGCAAGAACGCUUAGCAAAUUUAAGGCGAAAUCAAAGAAGAGCUCCCCAUGUUCAGUCAAUGUCAAGGGAGAAUCAUCCAGCAGAAAGAAUAUGGGUGGAAGUCAACCAAAGGGUUAAUUAUCCUGUUAAGGAAUGCCUUAAUGAUCUGGUGGAAACCGACCAACUAGACUUGAACGAUGACAUUGUCAAGUUUUGUAUCUCGUGGCUGGCUAUGAGAGUGUGCCAGGCUGGAAUAGAACUAUUUGUUCUAGCGUGGAACAACCAUCCUAUUCCAGAAGGAAAGGAACUCCUAAUCACAGAGUUCAAAAUCACCAGGCUGUUAGACUUCCAGCAGGAACAAUUCCAAGUGUAGACUACGCAGUGCAGUUAUUCGAAGGAGAGGGAGGAAUUUUGAGAAGGCCAACAGAAUACGGCAAUGAUCCGAUUGCGGACAACGCCAUCCACUUGGCCAGAAGUCAAUAUUUUACAUUAAACCACGGAACCUACAAUGAUCUCUACUCAGCAACAGUAAACGGCUAUUAUACUCCAUUUCAUGACGCUUGGCGAUAUUUCUAUCAUUUGACAAUUACUUUGUAAUAGUUGCAUGAUGAAAAAUAGCCAUUGGAGUACCGCUUCAAUAGAGAACCUAAAAAAUAGCG